CCCUUUUUCCACCUUCUUCCUUUACCUCUAUUACCUUCUUUAGUACUAUUCAAUAAGCCCAACAUCACAAGCAAAAGAAAUUGAAUCAAUUGUGCAACAUUUUGCAUCAUCCAAUUUUUUUUUUUUUUUUUUAAAAAGGUCUCAAAUAAUGAACCAUGACACGUACAUUGCUUAUGAUGUGGUCAUGGUUGCUCUAUCCAUAUCCUUCUUUGUUCUUGCUGUUGUUCUCUACCUUGUGUGUAAGAAGAAACCGGUUAACGUUGAAUCCGAAGAAACACUUGCAUUGAAGCAUUGUGUUCGUGCAUACUCAUUGAUGGACAUUGAUGCUGCCACUGAUGGCUUCGACCAUAGCAGAAUUGUGGGGAAGGGUCGCGUAGGAACCGUGUAUGCCGCGGUGCAAGAGAAUGGAGAACUUGUGGCUGUGAAAAGGAUUCAUUCUGUGCUUGUGUUGAGCAAUGCAGGAUUUGGAUUCUCAUCAGUGUUGAAAUGGCUCUCUUCAGCUCACCACCCCAACAUAGUUCCCAUCAUAGGAUUCUCGGAGGCACCUGGUGAGAGGAUCAUAGUGAUGGAGUUUGGGCGCAUGGUGAGUUUGGACUUCUAUUUGCACCAAAAUGUUAAUGGGGCAUCACUCUUGGAUUGGAACAAGAGGAUCAGAAUUGUGGCUGGAGCAGCUAGAGGGAUUCAGUACCUGCAUGAAGUGGCAACACCAAACAUUGUACAUGGGUGUGUCAAGUCCUCAAAUGUUUUAAUUGAUGUCAACUUUUGUACUAGGAUUUGUGAUUAUGGACUCAACUUCUUGGCACCCCGAGAAAAGAGAGGGCUAGUAGGGAAUGUGGAUGAUGAGUAUUGGAAUGAAGAAGGGGGUGGUGCUAGCAAGGAAAGUGACGUUUAUGGGUUGGGGGUGGUCAUGCUUGAGCUAUUAAGUGGUAGAGGGUGUGAGGAAGGAUUGAUAGCAAAAUGGGCAAUGCCUUUGAUCAAGGAAAUGAGUUUUGGUGAACUUUUGGAUGCUAGGUUGGUGAUUCCUUCUGACAUGAAGCCUCUUGUUAGGUUAGCUAAAGUUGCUUUAGCUUGUGUUGGUAAUUCAAGGAAGUGUAGGCCUUCCAUUGCUCAAGUGACAACUAUUUUGAACAAUAUAGAGAUGGAAGUGUGCAUAUGAUCGGAGAAAUUAUCUGGUCAUUUUGGAUGAUUUCUAUCAAUUUUCACAUGACACAUUUAAGUGUUGUUAAUUUUUAAAACUUGAGAAUAUAUCAAGUAAAAAUGAUUCGAGAUCAACACCAUAGAUACGUGCUGAUUCUACUUAAUAAUUUCUCUAGUUGGUUAUGUACGUGAGUGUCGGAGUCACUAACUAUGAAGUUCAAUACUCAAUUUGAUAGGAGCAAUUGCCUUCAAUUUUGGACAAUUCGGACAAGACCCGUUACCCAAAUGAGAAAAAAGUCGGAAUGCACUUCUGAUCUGUAAAAUAUUUCUUAUAAGCUUACAAGUUUUACUCGCACGGGAUGUUUUGCCUAUAAAUGAGGGACUUUGUACCCAAGCUGUGAUAGGUUGAGAAAUCUCAAAAUCAUGUUAUAGGAACGUUGAAAUAGGUUGGGAGGUGCCUUCAUUAUGUAGGGCAGUUUUUCUGUCAAUUUAUGGUUCCCUUUGGUGUGGGGAUCCUUUUGUUGACGAAAGGGAAAGGGACCCUUCAUUUUUUGUUUUAUUUUUUCUGGUCUCUGUUUCAAUCAGCCUUUUAUUUUAAUUUGUGUUAUAGGUCUUUUCUUUUUCAGCCUGUGAUUAUU